AUGGAUGAGGUGACCUUUGGGGUUCGAGUCUCUCACGCUGCCCCCUCUGAUUUCCAGGCCACGGAACUGUUCCUGACGCUAGUGACUGAGCUCCGCGGCCUCUCUGCAGAUGAGCUCAUGGAACUCUGGGGACUUUCUUUUAAAUGCCGAGACAACUGGCAGCCGCUGGUGGAUGCCCUGCCCUCCUGUGGCACCGAGGCCUGCGUGAGCCUCAUGGCAGAGCUCAUCGUGUCUGGGGAGGUGGAGGCAGACGAGACAGAGGCGUGGCUCUGGUCGCUGGCCUUCGUCCCGGAGCCCACUGAUGCUAUGGUCCUCACGCUGCUGGCCCCGGGGGCUAGCGCCAGCGCCUUCCUGGGCAUCUCGGCUCUGGUGCACAACCUGUGUGUGUCUCUGGACGGGCCCUGUGAGCAACUGCCUGGUGUUGGCUCCCUCGUGAGGAUCCUGGGAGAUGCCGUGGGUGCCAACUGCACCUUCCAGGAGCCCUCAGACGCUGAUCAGCUCCUGUUCGUGCUGAAGGCCAUUGGCAAUGCUGGCCGGGCGGCCACGGCUCUCACCCCCAAGCUGAGCACUUGUGCCUCCCUGGGGAGCUGCCCCCCUGAGAUCCGGCUGGGGGCCAUCCAGGCCUUCCGGAGGGUUCCCUGCUCUGCAGACGUGAGCUCCUGGGAGUUAUUUCACUGGGGUUGGCAUUGGGCAGAAGUGGGUCUUGAAUCACUGUUAAUUCACAUCUUCACUUGCUCAAUCAUUCAUUGCAUUUACUUAGCACCUACUCUAUGCCGGGCAUUGGCGUGA